AUGAAUACAACAACUAGUACGGGACAUACAAGACAACCACAAAGUACAAUCGCCAACAAGUACAUUUCACCAUUAUAUCUCUCAGCAAUAUCUAAAAAACCAAACAAGGCUCCACCUGUAAAGGAAAUACCCAAACAUAAAGUUGAUUCAUUCUUACAAUCAACUAUUGAAGUUAAAUCAAUAACACAUUUAAAAGAUCAACAAUCUAAACAUGUUCGAUAUAAUUUAGAUCCUAGAGAGAAGUAUAAAUAUCCAGUUACAAGUAAUCAAGAAUUUGGUUGGCUCACUUCAACUCCAUCAACUACAUUAAAUAAGGAGAAUGAAAAAUUUGAACAAACUUUUAAUAACAUGUCGCAUUCUACUAGAGAAGCAAAAUAUAAUCAAUCUAAUGUGAGAGAAAAUAGAAAGUUUAAUUUUCCAUGCAGUCAUACUGAUAUUGUAAAAUAUAGAAAUAACAUGAUUUUAAAUAAUCAUUUUUAA